AUGGGAGGUAGACUAAAGGGUUGGAAGAGUGAAUCGAUGUCCCCUCCUGGGAGAGGGGUGAUGGCAAACACAAUGCUGGAAUCCCUACUUGUUUACACUAUGCCAACCUUUAUUUUACCUAAAACUAUCACCAAAAGAGUCACUAACACCAUAAGAGAUUUCUGGUGGGAGAAGCUAGGUCCUAAAAAAGGGAUGUACAUAAAAGGCUGGAGAGGUCUAUGUAAGAGCAAGGAAAAAUGGGGAAAUGGUCUUAAAAAGUUGGAUCUUAUAAACAUUUCUCUCAUUGCCAAAAAUGGCUGGAGACUGUUUCAUCAACCUAAUAAUGUCUUUACUAAAACUAUGAGAGGGAAAUACUUUCCUAACUCGAACCCCUUCCAUGACACUUGUAAUGAUGGCUCUUCUUGGGCUUGGAAAAGUGUCUAUAAAUGUCUGAUGAUUCUGAAAGACUUUAGUAUCUGGCAGAUUGGCAAUGGCCCUAUCUGGAAAGAAUGGAUUCCCGGUGAGGAAGGAAAUCCUAUAAAAUUAGAAUAUAUGGAAGAAGUUACAAAUCUCAAAAUGGUUUCAUGA